CAAACGUCAUAUCCGGGUUAAUAAGAUGCGCGCGGGCUGUUUGUGCAAAAUAAACGGUUCAAUUUUUGUACUUUGACUUUUUUAAAAAUUAUUAUUAAUUAAAUGUAAUUUAACGGCAUUUUGUAUCCAAGGUGCAACGUAAGGAGAAACCAAUAUACAGGAACUAAAACUUAAUCUACGUCCAGACGAGUCCCACCCUUACAGUUCGUCUGAGGACAUGUUGAUAGAUCUAAACCUCCGUUAGUGACUCCCCCGCGGCGUUUACCAACACCGGUGGAUUUCCCAUCAUCAUGUCCCAGAGCAACACGUCUUUACUGGAUGAGGUGGUGCAGUGGAGUCAGGAAACCUGUCGCCAGGAGCUCAAGUCUGUCCUCCCAAAGCUUACAUCCUUGCAUUAUGAGUCAGAUAGCUGGAAUGAUCAUCUACGCAUACUGAAGAUAAUUACAGAGAUUUUCUUGCCACACAUUGGUCUACCGCAGCUCGAAGAGGACUGCUUUUCCAAGAUCCUACCAAAGGCAGUGAUGAUGUACGACACUAUGAUAAAGGAAAUUAUGAAUCAAGUUGGCGAGCUUUCAAGUCAAAACACUGAGCUGUGUGCUUUUUUCAGGAACAUUCUACAGGCAAUGAUGCAAGUGAUCGAUGUACUUUCCGUUUGCGUUCGCCAUGUCGGCUCAUUUGAAGAAGGUCCCUGUCUGGAUGCUAUCCGUUCGCUACCAACUUGCAUACUUAAAGUCCUCAGAGAAACAUUUCAGCACUGCAAGGAUAGUGAGAUGGUUUACUGUGGCCGACUGUCUCUGGUGGCUGAUCUGCUGCAAGGACUCUUUAAAGAGGCCUAUUCCCUGCAGAAGGGACUUCUGGAGGUCCUGGAUAGGAUUUCCCUGGAGAGUAACGCAUCCGACGAGGAGGUCUCCAACAUCGUUACAGUGAUUCACAGUCUUCUGGACAUCUGCUCCAUUAUAUCCAACCUAGACAUAGCGCUGCAUGCAAAUACAUGGAAGUUUCUCAUCAAACAGAGUCUGAAGUACCAGUCGUUGUUGGAGGAACAUCUGCAUCAUGAGGAUAUCGUCAACAGCCUGUCAGACAACUUGCUGGCUUCCUUCCAUAGCUGUGUGGAGAUGGCUGAACAGAUCAAGCUGGCAGGUUUGCAGGAGUCUGUCCAGAGUACAGAGUACAAGCUUUUCCAGAAAACUGCAAAGAUGUCCAGAUUCUUUGCUAACACGUUGGUUCAUUACAUAAAGGAAUUUAAAUAUUUUCUGACAAAAAAAUCCAGCUGUUUUCACCAACUUUACCUCCAGAUAAUCAGUAAGCUCCCUCCAAGUUUAUGUGCUCCGUCUCUGCCAGCAGCUCUAGCUGGUGAAAUAUCUGCAUCAGUUCUGAUUCCUAUGGAUGCUUUCGUACUCCAGCUGUUACCUCUAAGGCCUUUUGCUGAAGUAGUACUGCAGCCAGACCUGUGUCUGAGUCCUGAACAUGAACUUCCUCAUUUACUCCUGCUCGUGAACAUAAUGGGACAGCUGCUCAGCCAGCCAGAAGAAGUGAUGCAGCUUUGGCACCCUGGAAGUCUGUUCCCAGAAGACACACCAAGACUCCCUCUCUACCAGGCUAUCUUUAUCAGCUUCCGACAAUGCUAUACUGAGCGUAAAAUACCAGUGCUGUUACCAGGGGUGAUGCUAAAGGGGCAGGCCCAGGUCGAGGUCACUUUGCACCACCACAUCUGUGUACAGCUCUGUGCCAGUGUGGCUGUGCUCUCUCCAGUCUACUUUCCUGUAUUGGAACGUUGUUUGGUAGAUUCUGUGCUGCAGGCUGAUACUCCAACAGCGUUGUUGGCAGCAGAUGUGUGGUGCUUCACAGCACGAUAUGGAACAGCAGAACUCUGCCUGCAUCAUGUCCUCCUUAUUGCUCAGAUGGUGAAAUCCUGCAACACAGAGUGUUACCAGUCAGUCCAUCUGGGAUUGCUUCUGAAACGUAUGGUUUUCCUUAUGACCCCAAAUCAUCAGCUGGAGUUUGUUGCACAGUUCCCACCAUCAAAGGAGGAGAAUCUUCCGGUGUGGAAUCACGUCCUCCUCAGAGCUCUUUCUCAGGACGUCCGUCUCCGUGUGGCAACAGAAACCACUGGCCUGAUGCAAAGGGUUCUAACAGAGUGGCAGGAUGGAGGAUACAAACUGGGACAAGUAGGCAAAGUGAAUGCAGCGCUGGGGUCUCUUCUUUCCGGGCUUCGGGGGCAGUCAUCUCAUGAGGAACCGUGUUUGUCUGCAGUGAAGAUGAUCACACAGCUGUGGUCACGGAUGAGUCCCAGUCAGUUGCAGGUCUACCCAGUAUUGCAGCAUACUUUAAAGCUGCUUUUGUCAGCAACAGCUUUUCUUGUAAAGAACAUCAAGCAUGAAACCAUUUCUGAGGCUCUGAUGUGUCUGGAAGCUGUGAUUUCUGAGAAAAGUCCAGAUCAUCUACUGCUGGCUGCUCUGGAGUUUCUCUCCUCCCUGGGAAAGAUUUUUUUUCCUCCAGACAGUCAGAGCCUGAUCCUUCCUAGACUGAGCAGCCUGUUUGGAGUCCUUCUGGCUAACAAGUCCUGGCUGCUACAUCAGCACGCCCUAGAGGCCUUUUCUCACUUUGCAGAGAAUACAAACCAUGAAGAGGUAAUUUCCCAAAGUUUGUGUGUGGAAGAAACAAAGACCAAACUGGUCGCCUACCUGAGAAAGACGCUGAAUUCACAAGAAGAUGUAGAGUUGCGGCUUCAGAGGCUGAAACAGGAAAAACCUGUGAUCAAGAAGCAUAUCGAGGAGCUGGAGAGCGAAAACAUUGGCUCUAACAUACGGACAGCUGAAGACUCUGAGCCAAACCCCAAGAGAGCGCGACAAGAGACGAGUGCAGAGGAGGAAUAUGACCGCUACAUCCAGACGGCUCAGACCUCUUUAAAAGCCCUCCAAGCUCUCAUAGAGGGAAAGACUGACACAACAGCGACUCCUCCAUCAUGGCUGGAUGCCAAACUUCAGGAUCUGAUGACCCUCAUAACAGAAAUCACAUCAGCCAGACAAAAAAGCUAGAAAUGUCACCUUUUUUUUUAAAUCUUAAGAGUUUGUUCCUGUACAGUUAACAGAUCUUUGCGAAUGCUGAAUUAUUUUGUUGUGGAUGUGUGUGAGCGGUAUACAUGUCUUUCGCAUUUGUGAUAUAGUCUGCUAUGUUUAGAAGGACACUGAAAUAUUUUAUGCUGUAAAGUGUUUAUUUCAACACAAACCAAAAAGCCCAAAUAAAUUAUAGAUUUUCUAUUUCACAUUUAUUCAAAGUGCAA